CAAACCUCCGAGAAGGACUCUGGACUCCCCAGCGCGCACGUCGACGAAGGGAAGUGGAUCCCGGCGGCGGAGGCGGAGGCGUCCCCUGGUCCCGUCGGCGGCGGCGCCGCCUGGUUGAGCUUGAGCCUGAGCCUGAGCCUGAGCCGAGACACAUCUGCAAACACUUCGCUUUUGAUUAUAUCCUAGGCGAACACUCUGUUUCCCUCAGUUUAUUCCGAUGCUAUGCUCCUCCUAAUGCGAGUCCCCCCUAGAUCUUCUUUCUCUUGGCCCGUCUUGGAUUCGGCUCGUUCAACGCUCCGCCUCUGUCGGUGUGGAAACGCACCUUCAUCCGAUCGACGCCUCAUAUCAUUUCUCUAUUUUUUGCAGCGUACUAUUGCAGGGGGUCAGAUCGACCAGGAGCUCAGAAUAACCAAUGUCGAUAUCACCAGACGCGCCAUCUAGAGGUGGUGCCGCGUGCCUGCGUCAAAAUAUGACCGAAGAUGAUGAGACCAAUAUCAGGCCCUCGGACUCAAACAGCACGAUCUUGCGUGACAUUGAGUACAGAAGUAGCGAUAGAUGUAUGGAUAUCUCGAACCCAGUGUACCGGUUUGAUCUAACCCCAUACGAAUCGGUCUUCCGUGAUGGAUUUAAAGGGCGAUUUGAAAUGAACACUCCCAACAGCAUUUACUGCAACUUGGAACUUUACCUGCACCAUGGGGUAAUGCCUGCUACCAUCACUCGAAGACCGGACAAUUACAUCUUUUUUAGCACUACCCUGAGCAGGUCCUGGUUUCCCAACGUGAGGCAAGCCCGUAUAUAUCGCUAUGAGAUAUAUGCCCCCGGGGGUAUCUGGCUUGCUCAAACAUUUCGUCAAUGUGAGACAAGCCCGGACGUAUCGCUAUAUGAAGAUGAGGUAGCCUUUCUUGUUGGCAUUGCUCCUCAAUAUAUUCGAUCUGCACAGGCUUUCCGCCUCAUACCCGGCAGGAAUGGAGGGCUUGGCAAACGAUUGGAAGAUGUUCUAUACAUAAACAGAAACUUCAAUCCUCAGUCACAUCCACCAAGGGAUAUUCCUAUCAUGCAUCCGAUUAUGGAGUACAUUGAUUAUAACAACCAGACAAGGCCUCUAAGAAUUCAAUAUGUGCCCGAAGAGAUAGAGAGUAUGUGGCCAUAUAGGCGAUCGCUGGGAACUACAAAUGAUGUUCCAAUCGAGUAUUAUGCAGAGGGUGUGGCUCACAUCGCCAGCUAUAUCGACUCUGCAUUUCGAUCUACAUAUUGGAAUGAAGUCUAUAUCUUCAUCAAGGAAAAGUAUGUUCUCGUGAACUACGCGCCUGGAUCAACUAAUGACAGGAUACUCAAUGGCCCACACUACAUAGGCGAUAGCUUCCCCUUUCUUGUGGGGACUGCUUUUGCCGAGUACGGGAUAGACGCUUCUUUCGGUUCUCAUAGCAGUGUUGAAGCAAUCAUCUUUUCUGGGAACCUCUGCGCACGGAUAAACUUCGCACCAAAGACCACCGGUGGUUACAUUGUAGAGGGGAUCACAACCAUCAGACAGAUGUUCCCUUUCUUUAGAGGGACCGUCUUCGAGAAGGGGAUAGAUGCCGCGUUUGAAUCCACCGUGACUGGUGAAGCAUAUCUAUUCAAAGGCUCAAAUUAUGCUCUUAUCAACUACUAUAAGAAAGAACUCAUCGCUAUAACUCCCAUAGCAGUUGGGUUUCAGUGUCUGCGCGACUCUGAGUUUGAAGGAGAUAUCGGUGCUGCCUUUGCCUCGCACAUAUGCAAGGAGGCUUACCUGUUCAAAGGUAACAGGUAUAUCCUCCUUCAUUUUACCCCUGGAGAGAACAAGGACUACAUUGUUGACGGACCGAAGGACAUCGUCCCUGGAAACUGGCCCUCGCUCGAUGGCGUCCUACCCUGCAGAAACAUAGGGCUCGAUGUUAUUGGGUUUCCCCAUGGUAACCCUUUGCCUGAGGCAUCUAACCAUGGCAAUCCUAUGCUGGACGCGUCUCCCCAUGGUAACCUUGUGCCGGCCGAGCACGUCCCGGAUGAAUCUGUAAUAAGAUCUAUACAUGGAUGUAUGUCUUUUCUUUUUCCCCACUUGUUUAACUAACUCUGGACAUUGUGCAAAAUAAGGGUAUUUUUUGCUUCUAUUCAUGUGUGUGAGAGCGUUAUGUUUUCUGUUUGCUGGUAUCCACAGCUUAUUGUAAUAAAAGUCUGGUGGCGGGUUUUCUGCUUCCGUUUCAGAC